AUGUCUAGCGGCACAGCGACCGUCCUGCCCCAAGGCGCUGGCUAUGGCGUCGUGGUUGGCGUGGGCUUCUUCUUCGCCUUCGUCAUGAUGGGCAUCACCUACCUCCAGAACAGAUACACCAGAUUCAGCACCAAGACGUCCGAGGAGUUCAAUACAGCAUCGCGAAGUGUCAAACCUGGCCUUAUCGCCUCUGGCAUCGUCUCCGCCUGGACUUGGGCUGCCACGCUGCUUCAGAGUAGCACAGUCGCAUACAACUAUGGCGUGGCUGGACCGUUCUGGUAUGCUGCAGGUGCUACCGUACAGAUACUGAUGUUUUCUAUAUUGGCAUGCAAGGUCAAACAGAACGCCCCUCGAUGCCACACAUACUUGGAGAUUAUCUACACCAGAUAUGGCAAAGCAGGGCAUUUGACUUUCAUGUUCUUCGCCUUCCUCACCAAUGUUCUUGUUGGCUCUCAACUUCUUCUCGGUGGUAGUGCGGUUGUGACGGCCUUGACUGGAAUAAACGUUUAUGCUGCCAUCUUCCUGAUUCCCCUGGGUGUAUGUACCUAUGUCAUACUCGGAGGCUUGCGGGCGACUUUCCUCUGCGACUACAGCCAUACACUGAUCCUGAUGGUCAUCAUCCUGUUCUUCAUGUUCCACGCAUAUGCCACGUCCGAUCUGAUCGGCAGUCCAUCGAAGAUGUUCGACCUGCUGCAGGAAGCAGCUGUACAACGACCAGUGGCUGGCAACCAAAACGGUUCAUACACUACACUGAAAUCGAACUAUGCACUGGUCUUUGGUGUCAUCCAGCUAUGUUCCGGAUCUGGUACUGUCUUCCUCGAUCAGGCGUACUGGCAGCGUGCCAUUGCAUCUAAGCCGACAACAGCGGUGAAGGCAUAUAUCAUGGGCGGCCUGGCGUGGUUCGCGAUACCAUUCGGUUUCAGCACUACUCUCGGACUCUCUGCUGUUGCUCUGGUCGAUAAUCCUCGCUUCCCAACAUACCCAGCAGUGCCUACCAAAAGCGACAUCAGCGCUGGACUUGCUGCUGCAUUCUCUGCCAGCGCUCUCCUCGGCAAAUCUGGUGCAAUGGCAUUGCUAAUCGUCUUGUUCAUGGCCGUCACCUCCUGUGCUAGUGCAGAACUCAUCGCAGUCUCGAGUCUGCUCACCUUCGACGUAUACAAAGCCUACAUAAAGCCGAACGCACCACCUGAGAGCCUGAUUUUCGUCAGUCACGUAUGCAUCUGCAUAUUUGGCUUGACCAUGGCUGUGUUCGCAUGCAUUUGGAAUGCGAUUGGCAUAGAUCUCGGCUGGCUGUUCUUGGUCAUGGGCCUACUUAUCGGCGGUGCAGUCUUUCCAGCCGCAUUUGCUAUCACUUGGGCGGGUCAGUCGAAGGCUGGCGCGAUAUCGGGAGCUAUCUGUGGCUUGUUUGCUGGUCUUGUCGCUUGGCUCGUGACCGCCAAGCAGUACUUCGGUGAGGUGACGGUGGCGAGUACUGGAGAAGAAUACGCUACCCUUGCUGGUAAUCUAGCGGCGAUCCUAACCGGACUGAUUGUCACAGUUGUGGUGUCGCUUAUCAGACCUCAAAAUUUCGAUUGGAGCAUCACUCGCAACAUCAACGCACGACCACUAGAGACUGGUGGGCCGAUUGCAUCCACGCAGCCCACCAACGAGACGACCACGGACAAGAUAGACAUACCAUCAGCCGUAGCUGCCGAUAUCGACAACGAUGAGAAAGAGAAGUCAGAUGCUGGAACCAUAACACCGCCUGAUGAAGAGGCCGGGCAGGGCAGCAUCAAGGAUGUGGAUGCCGACGAAGACACGGAAGAGCAUCCGCAGAAGCUCAAACGAGCAUUCUUCAUCGCAUGCGUGGCAUCGUUCGUGCUGACAUUCAUUAUGGACUUCCUGCUCCCUAUACCGAUGUUCUUGUCACACUACGUCUUCUCGAAGGGCUUCUUCACGGCUUGGGUCAUUAUAUCGUUCGUUUGGGUUGCGGUAGCUACUGGUAUCAGUGUGAUACUGCCAGUAGUCGAGGCCUCGGGUUUCUUCAGACAGUUUGCACGGGACAUUGCUGGUGGAAAGAAGAGUCGUUCGUAG